CCAAAAUUCAAUCAACCAGCCGAUUGAUACGGAAAGCCUGCCCUUCAGUCAAUAUUCCGGCCUAGGUCUCUCGACUGACCAAAAAAUGUUACAACAAGAGCUGGAUGUAUCUUUUCGAGAAGGAUGGGUUCUUUCGAGGAUCCAACCUAACCUUGACAGUGAGAACGGGGGAUUGCAGCCGACACAGAGAUCAGAUCGUGUGACGUCUUGCGAGAUAAAUGUCACGAGCACAUUCCGGCUCGAUGAAAGCCUAGCGCUCUUCAACUAUCUCAACAAAACGAUGAGCGUCGAGUCGGCCGCCAGGGCCGUCACUGCCGGUUGCCCGGACAUAUUUCCAGAAAAUCUUGAUAAUCCAGAAGGUUCUAGCCCGGAUGGCGCGAGACGGAUUCGUGAAGUCUGGGCACUUCUUGCCGCUGUUCUCCUGCGAUUUGAAGAUGACUGCGACAUGGUGGUCGAUCUACUCGUCGCGAUUCAAACGCUCCCAUCGAUCAACAGUUCGCCCUGGUGGGUCGACGCCGAAAACAGAAGAUCGCUAUGUCAACUGCCCUACUUUGACAACGUAUGGCAAAACUGCUAUGAAUCGCUCCGAUGUAAUUGCCACGGCGGUAAAGAUGGGGGUUUCAGCUACGAUGAGAAGUACUACAAGAGAGCAGGGACGGUAGAAGCAAAGAUGUAUCUCCGUGGUAUACCAGGAAUAACGGAGUUUUGGGCUUACAAAACGAUCAACCUUGUUUGUGCACAGAGAGAAGACCUCCAGUUCGUCAUCCAUGAGAUUCACGGUUGGUUGCAGACUGCAGGACCGAAACUGGCGCAAACACUAGAUUCGAGUCAGAUCAAGUCUUUCGAGAGAGCAGUGAGAGGUCGGCGUGACAAGAUAUACGAGAUUUCAGCCACCAUGUUUGAGCAUUGGCAGCAUUGGAAGAAAUCAUUUUUGGAGGUCAGUUUUAAUGAGGAUCAUUUAUCUUCUGGGGGAAGGGAGUUGGCAAGAGAAUGUCAUGAUAUCAUGAAGGCACAAAACAUCAGGUUGCCAUUGUUUCUAUAGCCAGUUCAGAUAUCUAAUCAGGCCGGAAUAUGAUGUUAGCAGCACUCUACGUGGACACAGUGAAAGAAAACGAAUC